CGCCGCGUAUUUGCAAAGUUUAUUUAGUUAUUUUAUACAAUUAGUGGGUCUCUAAAGUGCAGUGUGCCGGCCAAUAUAUUACAAUACUCUUUGCCAAGAUGCCGAAUAAGUACUUUAUUUACGCCAGCGGGCGUUGGUGCGAGGUGGACUUGCAGCGGGGUCGCGUGGAGGGCUUCCGGCAACGCGCGCGUUUUGCCUACUUACGCGGCGGGAGAUUGGAAGUGGGGCGUACUGCGACUAUCCUGCGGGCGCUACGGGCGCUGGCGGCCGGUGACGGUGGCGCGGCGCAGGAUUUUGCACCUCUACUUCACCGGCGACCUCAUAAGUCGCGGCGAGCAAGCCCGCGCGCGCACCGCUGCUGCUCCCAGCAUCGACAUCAUUCCAGAUGCGAUGUAAAUGCCAACGAGUUAGGCGACAAGCCAACUCCUGCAGCUGUCCAUGCCCAAGUGACUUCUCCCCGCAAAAGAAAAAGAUCGUCCAGCGAGGAAUCGCACAGCAAAGCGAAGCAGAUUAAGAGCGACAAAGUGACACAAAAAUCAAAGAAGGCAAUAGAAGACAAAGAGGAACUAAUUGUGAAAAGUUUGCUAGAAGACAGUAAGGAAAAGAAGUCACCGCAAAAGAAAACUGUAAAAGUACGAGGCCCAGAAGAAGAGAAACUAGUACAAAGUCUUUUACAAAGCAGCUCUUCAGAAGAUAUUAAGGAACAGAUACAGUCACCUAUCUUACCUGGACCAAAGUCACGCAAAGGUAAAGAAACACAAAGAAGUCCGAAGAAGUUGCAUAAAGCAAAGACUGUAGUUAGAGGGAAGGAAGAAGAGAAGUUAGUGCAAUCGCUGCUGCAGAGCAGUUCUGAUGAUGAACAGGUUCCAAACAAAUCCUCUAAACCUUCACCCAAGUCUCAGCCCACACCGGAGUCCGACAGCAGUUCCUCGUCCUCAGAGCGGAAGGAGGUGUGCAAGGAGCUCGUCAUCGACGACGAUGACGUGAGGGUGAUGCGCAGGUUCCUGGCCAGGACUGCGGAGGCUGACGAGAUCAAGAGAUUCGACAAAGACGAGGAAUACAAAACCCGAGUGUUCUACAAGCUGAACCCGCUGGUGUGCCUGAAACGGUAUGGGCCGCUAGAAAAGCUGCUGACACAGCAGCUCACUUUAAAGGAGUUUGCGAAACACUUGGGGCUUCGGAGUGUAGCUGACGUCACUCCGGAGAAGAGGUAUCGCAUGAGACACAGCACACGGCAGGCGCGCAACACAGCCAGUAUUACCAGUGACAGUGAGAAGGAAAAGUUGAAUGCUGUCCAGCCAAAGAGGAGGCAGCUGUGGAACAGGAACAGAGAGCUGUUCAACAACUCCCAAUUGUCCCAGUCCAGCGAAUUGAAAGUCAAGCCACAGAUACACAGACCGGCCCGAAACAGUUCCCGAGACACCACUGACAGCGACACAGAGGUCAAGCAACACAUACGGAGACAUCUUGAGAGACGGGCCAGUGUCAAGCUCAACCCGGAGAGAAAAGAAACAGGAACUAAUAAAGAUGAUUCCUCUAUAGUUGUAGAAAGUGAUAGUGAUGAAAGUAGUAAAUCUGGUAAUCAAAGAAAAACUAGACGUAAGUCUAAAGGAACAGCGGAAGAUAAUGAACCUGUUAGUACAGAUUCAUUAUCUCUAACUAGUGUUACUGAUGGUAAUGAAAGGAAAACUAGACGCAACUCCAAAACAACAAAGGAACAUAAUGAAUCUGUGCUAGUUAGCGAUGAUAAUAGUAUUAAUGCUGAUGGUAAUGAAAGAAAAACUAGACGCAAGUCUAAAGAAACAAAGAAAGACAAUGAAUCUGUGCUAGUUAAUAAUGAAAGUGACAGAGUUGUGGUUCAAAAACAACGAAAAUCUAGAAGCAGAACUAGAGCAAAGAGAAAAUCUGCUAAUGAUAAAUCAGUGGUUAGUAGUGAUGAAAGUGAACAGAGAGAUAGCAACACAAGUACUAAUGAAAGUGCUGGACUAUUUACUAGGAGAACGAGAUCUCAAGGUCAGGAAAAACUUAGACGCAAGUCUAAAGAAACAAAGAAAGAUAAUGAAUCUGUGCUAGUUAGCAAUGAUAAUAGUAUUAAUGCUGAUGGUAAUGAAAGAAAAACUAGACGCAAGUCUAAAGAAACAAAGAAAGACAAUGAAUCUGUGCUAGUUAGUGAUGAAAGUGACAGAGUUGUGGUUCAAAAACAACGAAAAUCUAAAAGCAGAACUAGAGCAAAGAGAAAAUCUGCUAAUGAUAAAUCAGUGGUUAGUAGUGAUGAAAGUGAAAAGAGAGAUAGCAACACAAGUGAUAGUACUAAUGAAAGUGCUGGACGAUCUACUAGGAGAACGAGAUCUCAAGGUCAGGAAAAGAGACUGCUAAGAGAACACAUUAAUAAUUCAGAUAGUAAUGCGCAAAAAUAUCGUAGGAGUUCUAGAACAAAGUCUGAGGAAACUGUUAUAAGGCAUGGUAAAUCUAUUCUAGUUAGUGAUAGUAAUACAGAUGAAAAUCAAAUCAAAAAUGUCCGAACUAGAUCUAAAGAUCUUAACAAAGACUUAAAAGAUAUUAAAGCAAGUGAUAGAAAAACUAAAAAAGACGUUGAUAGCUCAACUGAAACUAAGAAAACAACUAGGUCAUCCAUGAAGAUUACAGAAGAUAACUCUAAAGAAAAUGAUAAGGGAAAGGUAAAGAAUUCGAAAAAAGAUGAAAAAUCUAGUAAAAUAGAAAAUACAUCUAAUAAAAGAAAAGAAGAAAAACCAGGACCUUCAAGAAGAGAACUUAAAGAAAAUCCUAAAAAACCAGAGACAGAUAACGAUCAAGAUAAGUCAGAAAUAAGCGAUAGUAGCGACGCAUUUGAGACAUCUAAGUUAUCGCUAAAGAAAAAUAAAGAGGAAAUAAAAGUAAGUAAGCAUUUGGCUAAAAGAAAAUCAGCUAUGAACGUGCCAAGAAAUCAUAAAAGGAAAUUCAUUAAACAAAAGCCAGAGAAUAGUGAUAAUAAAAAUAAAAUUAAUGAAAAAGAAAAAGCUCAAAUAGCGAAUGAUGAUAGAAUUGAAAAAUCGCUCCAAAAAGAUAAAAAUAAAGGAAAUGACAAAGACGGAAAAGACAAUGAAGCAGAUAAGGAAAAAAACAAAGUAUUAAAGGACAUAAUAGAUAGAGACAAGGAUGAAAAGGAGAGAAGCAAAGGUAGUGACAGUAAAAUGACUGAAAAUAAGGGCAAGGAGAAUAGUAGAAAAGCAGCGGCGGCUAGAAGCAUGUUUGUCAAACCUGUUAAAUUUAAGAAGUCUUCCGUGGCGAACGGACGUGAAUACACGUCAUCAGAAGACCACGCUAUAGUGGCGUGGAUAUCCCUCGGCAACAGGAUGCGGAUGGUCAACGGCAACACCGUAUGGCGGGAGCUUCAAAGCGAGUAUACACGCCUCACGUCGCAAACUCGGUCGUGGCACUCUCUCCGUAACCGCUACCUGCGCUACAUCCUGCCCUCGUUGGGCGAGCUGGCGCUGCCUCCGUCGCAAGUGUCGCGGCUCCGCGCCGCCGCCGCCGUCGGUAAAAUCAAGAGAGUGUCCCGGCGUAACUCGAUAUUCAAAACCCAGCGCGUGGUCAGCGCAUCCACCGUCGGACGGAUACGCUUCCGGCCCGCGUCCGACUCCGACUUGGAUUCCGAUAAAAAUAAAGCGCCCACGCCGCCCCCAGCACCGCGCCGCCGCCCCGCCCCGUCGCCCCCCAAGCCCUCCCCCGCCUCACCGCCCCGCGCGAGGCGGCUGCGCGCGCGCUCAUCCAACGUAAGUGCCUCGCCGACGCUUAAGAAGAGGCGGAUUCAUCACUUAUAAGAAGAAUAAAACAGAUUUAUGUUGUACAUAACGGUACAGUUUCAUUUUCACGUGUACAUGGUAUAUUAAAGUUAUCUAGGCGCCACUCAUUUAUUACGUAAUACGAGUUAAGGG